UUAAGACUUUUGUUACGCAAUGCAAAUUUUACAUUCACCGUACCCAUACGAAAAAAUAUUACGCUUCAGAAGAUUCACUAAAUUGGUACCGAGUAGAAGACACAGUAUCACUGGAACUUUAAAGGUCCGUGAGGGUCUUCAAAAUGCCGAAGGCGCCAGUGCAAAAGAAAUGCCGAGUUCACAAAGAAGUGAGCAAGGUUAGCACCAAAGCUGGGGUGAAGGGAGCAAAGCCAGCAUCGAAAGCAACAGCCCAAGGAUUGGUCUUCAACACGGAUCUGGGUCAACACAUCUUAAAGAACCCACUUAUUAUCAACUCUAUGGUGGAAAAGGCUGCUUUAAAGUCAACAGAUGUAGUGCUUGAGGUUGGUCCAGGUACAGGUAACAUGACCGCUAAGCUUUUAGAACAGGCCAAACGAGUCAUUGCCUGUGAAGUGGAUGCUCGUAUGGUAGCAGAAUUGCAUAAACGAUUUCUGAACACACCAUACCACUCUAAGCUAGACAUAAGAAUUGGAGAUGUGUUAAAAGCAGACCUUCCAACUUUUGAUAUCUGCGUUGCAAAUUUGCCGUAUCAGAUUUCUUCACCAUUUGUCUUCAAGCUGUUGCUUCACCGACCCAUUUUCAAAUGUGCAAUUCUUAUGUUUCAACAAGAAUUUGCUCAGAGAUUAGUUGCCAGACCAGGUGAUAAGCUAUAUUGCAGGCUUACUGUUAACACUCAGUUGUUAGCCAAGGUAGAUCACAUCAUGAAGGUUGGCAAAAAUAACUUCAGGCCUCCUCCAAAGGUUGAGUCAUCAGUUGUCCGAAUAGAACCGAAGAACCCAGUUCCAAAGAUCAACUUCUCAGAGUGGGAUGGUCUUCUUCGCAUUGCUUUUGUAAGAAAGAACAAGACUCUUGCAUCAGCUUUUAAACAAACAUCAGUAAUACAGACCUUAGAAAAGAACUAUAAAACAUGGUGUUCUGUGCAUGAAAAGAAAAUCCCAGAAGACUUCGACAUAAAGACAAAAGUUGAAGAUAUUUUGGUAGAUGGUGAAUUUGACAAGAAACGAGCAAGACAGAUGGAUCAGGAUGAUUUUCUAGCAUUAUUACAUGCAUUUAAUAAAGAAGGAAUUCAUUUUGUAUAGGCAUUUAUAAUAUAGAGUUUAGGAAAUUAUAUUAAUCAAUUGCAAGGUCAACAGUUAAUAGCCAAUACUAUUCAGGUGUUUGUACCCUAGUGAAAGAUGGGGAAAUAUAUUUUUGUAAACCUCUAGAUCUUUCACACUUGUUUUAUUUCUAAUUUUCAAUAUUAUCAUGGACUAUUGUUCUAGACAGUUUAUGGCCACCAGUUACUAAAGUUUCAUGCUUUUUCGUAUUGAAUGGUGAAUGAUGAUAUGUUGAAUGUGUGUUAUUUAGUAAUAUUUAUCCAUCAUUAUUCAGCAUUCUAUGCAAGGAACACUUAAGACAUUUUUCCUCUCAUGUUGGAUUUUACUCUUAUUUAUCAACAUGUUAAAUUGCAUGGUGUGGGUGUGCAGGAUUUGGCUUGUGGUUGUUAUGUAUUUAUUAUUGGUGUGUAUAGAAGUAUGAACUCAGUGUGAAACAGAAAUGAAAGAUUAAGGAAACAUCAGUUGAUGUGAAUCUUUUAUGGUUGUGUAAUUGUGUGCUGCAUGUUGUAUAUAUGAAUUUCUGAUUCAUAUUCUUACUCUUAAGAGUUUUUAGUUAUGAGACUUUGUCACUGACUGAUACACUCCAUUAACAAUAACCAUUCAUAACAACAGAAAUGAUUUCCCGCAAAUCAGACAGUAAUCAAAAUUUUCACUUCGCUAUUUUUUUUUUUUUUUUUUUUUUUUUUUUUUUUUUUUUUUUUUUUUUUUUUUGUAUCGUUUAGAGAAAAAAAAUUAUCCUAGUUUAUUUAUUUUGUUCAUAACCUUGUGUAUAGAAAGUUUCCAUGUUGUUUUGAUCUAGCAUUCUUGGGGAUCAACCUCUUCAGGCUUGUUGCUGAGCCAUAUCUGAUGUGUAGAAACUGUUUACAUGUGAGAAAAUCCUCAGUAGGAACUCGGAUCAACAGACAAAGGUUCUCUCUUUUCGGACUACAGAGGGACUUCGGAGGUACUCUUGAUGGUUGAGCCAGUGUGUAGUCAUUAUCACUAUGCGUGUCCUGUCACCACAGUACCCUAAAUGAUUAAUGUUAGGUUUGCAUUUCAAAUAAGAGAGAGUUAAUGAGUAAAUAAAUGUAGAGGAUGAUAGAAAAUAUAAAUGUAAAUCAGAAUAUUGUAUUAGAAGUUAAAACAGAAAAGUGGUAAUGUUUGGGGAUGAAUAAAAUUUGAUUUUAUAUUAAUUUUUUUUUAUUUUUUUUUUUAAAUACUAGUUUGGAAGCUUAGUUUUUGGCUCUGCAGGUGAUCAGCUAGGAAAGGGGUAUGGAACGCAUUAAUAUAAGCUUGAUUUUGAUUUUGAACUUGCAUCAUUUUGAUGUUCAUCUUGAUUUUGAACUUGCAACAUUAUUUCUGCACCUUCUUAUUCUUAUUUUUUCUAUGCACUCUUGUCCUGAAUUUUGACUUUUGAAAGGUUGAGAUAUGAAAAUUAUGGUUGAAUUUUUUUUUUUUUUAUAUAUAUAUAUAUAUAUAUAUAUAUAUAUAUAUAUAUAUAUAUAUAUAUAUAUUUAUAUAUGUAAGCAGGUUUUUCCUUGAGAGCUGCUGGUAGCCUUUUCGAAAUGGGGAUGAAUGCAUAUGCCAGCAGGCUGUGAAGUGUGAAAUUCGUAGCAGAGAUUAUUGGCCAACUUUUUGUAAAUUUCAGGGCAGAGGUGGUAAUUUUUCAGUUUUCUCUUUAAUAUCUUAAUCACUUAUCUUUAUUAUUUUCCUGAUUUUUCAGGAAAAUUAUUUCAUAUUCUUCACCCCAGCAUCAUAUGUGUCGACAAAUUUUGUAUCAUGCUUCAUUGCAUACAGGGAGGAAAUUGGAAGCAUUUGGGCCAUAUUAGCUUUAAUAAUUAUAAGCAAGAAAGUGCUUUGCGAGCUGUUUGAUAUUUGAAGCAACAUUGCAGUGCAUAUCCAUUGCCAGUCAGAAACAUACUUAUGUCAGGAAUCUCGCAUGUCUUAGGUGUUUGAAUUUGAGUGUUGGUUGGUAAUAGAAGAGUUUUGUUGAAAUCCUCUAUUUUGAGGUGAGUGUCGUGAAUACUAUUUAUUAGUUCAGGGACUGUAAAAAUGUCUAUUGAGCCUUGAGCCUUUCUUUCUUCAUACUGCAAGAUGUUUAGCCUACCUUGAUGGUUAUUUGGUAAUUAACAGAUCAAUAUCCAAGAUAACAAGGAUUAAAAUAUAAGAAUUAAUACCAUCAAGUGAGAUAGGCUCAAGGUGAUCUCACAUUUAGCUGUAGUAAUGUAAAAAGAAGUUCUGUUCAUCUUCUGAGAAUGAAAUAGUUUGCAAAGUUUAACCAUUGGUGAUUGUUAUAUGUAUUGUCCACUGUGGUUUGGUUUUAUUAAUUUUCUUUAUAUAUAGAUGGCUUCACAAAAAGUUGGUCACCAAGGAGCCAGCUGAUCACAUUUGUUUACACUACUCCUAGAAUUUCUGGUGAAAAAAAAGAUAUAUUGCUAUUAUUAUUAUCGUUAAUAACAAUAUUGUUAUUAUUGCUGUCAUCAUUAUUAUAGCAUUAUUUACAAUAAUAAUGGUAAUCGAAGUAGAAUUUUUUUUUUUUACAAAUUCAAGUAUAGGGAUAAUUAGCAAAGUCAAGUAAACCUUGUUACUGACUUCUGGAGCCACUUGCAUGUAAAAAAAAUGAGUAAAAUAAAACCAUAAUGGACAGUACACAUAUACAUGUACUCUUGGCGUCAAACAGGUGAAGCACUGUGUGUGAGUCAACAUGAGGAAGUAUGUGGUUGACCAAUUAUAAUAUCUAAGUAUAACAGAGGAAGCAAAGUAUUUUGCAAUUUCUUAAAUAUUUGGAAGUGUUAUCUUUAACAUUCAGGAAUGUUUUUUUUAAUGUUAUUCUUAUCUCUUUCUAUCUUAUAUACAUUUAUAAUUGAAUUGGCAGUGUGUAGAUUCAGAAGUCUCUCUUGUGAAGAGUAUUGCAAAUAAUUAAAAAUAGUAGUCACUGAUAAUGUCUUUAUUCUUACUAAAAACAGGCUUUAAUCUCUUAAAAAAUAGUUACCAAUAGGAUAUCCAUGAUACCUAAAUUCAUUCAAUAGUAUUAAAUUUUGCAAUCUUUACCAUACAGAAAACAUUUAGAUAAUAGUGGAAAAGUUACAUUACCCUCUGUUUACAUAGUUUACUUUUUGAAACCUUCACACAAUGAUUUGCUUUAUAAGAAGACCGCAUGGUAUCAAUUUUGGGAGUAGUGUGAAAAAAGUAAAACUGUGUGCAGUUCUAAUAGCUCUGAAAUGUUGAUGCAACAGAAGGGAAAUGUGACACCAGAUAAUGUUGAAAUAUCUUGGUAGUUCCUUUCAAAAGGACCUAGAAGAGAUGGGAAACAUAAGCCAGAUGUAAUAUCAACAGUACUGGUUUCAAUGCAGGUACUCUAUUGCCACAUAAUGUUUAGUUGAACUGGUCAUAGUUUUCAUGAGAGGUCCUUAUAAAUCGGUACAAUCCAAUUUUUUUUUAAAAUUUUUGUCCCAAUAGAUUUGAUUAUAAAUUAUUUGUGUAACAUAGACCAGUGGUGCGCUGUUCUGUGAUACUAAUUGUUCAACAUGAGGUAUGAGACACUGUG